AUGCCAAGCCCGUGGAAGAAAGCUCCCAUCAGUAGCGGAAGGCCCACUGCUGCUGGAAAGGGAAGUGGUUCAAUACUACGCUGGCUUUUGCUUGGAUUUCUGGUACUUUCUGUCGCUGGGCCGUUUGUGAUGCAUCAUAAGAGUCUCUUGGCGGAGAAUGACCACUUGAUCAAUGAAGCCCCACGCGUAGUUGCAACAACACCAGCAACAAGAACCCUGGGACAAUCAUCAUCAUUAUCACAAACCAAUCCUCCAGAAAGAAUACGAAUACCUGAAGCACCAAUUCUUACAGAGCCUCCAGUGGCUGCUGCGGCUGUCGUUUCCACAGAACCGCCUCAAACUCUGACACAAAACAAUAGUGCUGACAAUAAGGAUAGCGAAGAUAGUGAUAGCGAUGACAACGACGAAGACGAAGGGAAGAAAAAGGAUGCAGAUGAUGGAGAAGCGACGGAACAACGUGAUGCUGCCAACGAUAGCGAGGACAGUGACAGCGAUGACAAGGAUGCAGAUGAGGAACAGACAGUGCAACAAAAUAACGGUGACAAGGAGGGCGAGGAUAGCGAUGAAGGAGGGAAAAAUGAUGCAGAUGAGAAAGACGGAGAAUCCAAGGAUGACGAAAGUGGUGACAAGGAUGAAGAAGAUAGCAAUCCUACUGAUGGUGAUGAGGGAUCGGACGCCUUGAUUGCCAGUAGCAAGCCUGGCGCAGUUUGGCAAAACGACCAAUAUGACAUGGUCCACAUCAUUUACAGUCGUUUCAUGCAACACCAGCCCAACUUGGUCAAAUUGGGAUUAGCCCGGUUGGAACUCUUCAAGACGUUUUGCUUCCCCUCAAUUUCCCAACAAACGAACCAGCAAUUCUUGUGGAUCAUUCGUACAGAUCCCGAAUUACAUCCCACCCUCAAGGAUGGUUUGAUUGAUGCUGUACAGGGAAUGCCCAAUGUGGCAGUUAUUGGCUCCAAUGAAGUCAAAAAGGGAUCGGUCGAUCGUGGAUGGCGGAAUGGCAAUGCCACGGGCGACAUUACGGAAGGGUCGCUUUUUUAUGGAAGUAUGGAUUUGAUUCAAUCCUAUCAUGAGGCAGUAGAUCAGCGAACUUUGUUGGAAACCAAUCUGGAUGCUGAUGAUGGAUUGGGUCUUACCUUUGUGGAACGAGCACAAAACUUGACAUUUGCCAGAUUCCAAGAGUUGGCUGCGUCCAAGCAGACGAACACCAAUCGUGCCUUUGACCGAAAAGAUGCUUGGAUCAAUCUAUGUGUUGGUCGGCAUUUGGAAUGGCAAUUUUAUGCACCCUGGGACAAGACUACCACCAAGGGAUCUUUACAUGUGGGUAGUACGCACAUUUGUGUCACACCUGGUCUAAGUUGGGCAACCCAACCCGAUGCCCACGCGAGGUUCAUCAAACAACAUCACUUGGUCAAGAAGCAUACUCCUGCUUGUGACGAUCCGCAACAAAAGAAAGCUCCGUUCAUGGGUUGUUGGGUAGAAAUUCCUGUACCUGGAGACGAUGUCAUGGCGAUUCGAGCGCGGACACCAACUUCAACCGGAAUGAACCGAGUUGUGAUGUCCGAGUCAGACUGGAAGCCAGAAGAGGAAGCGAUGGAUAGAGAAUCGUGGCCACUUUUGGAACCAUCCUUUGCCAUACCGCAAACCUUGGUGGAAAGCUCACACAAGUAUCUCAGUGACCAUUUGCAAGAAUUGGUGGAAGAAAAUCUCAAGGGACAAUGUACCAAGGAUCAUUCCUGUUCAGAGGGAAUCAAGAAGAAGCUCAAAGCUCUCUUCUUCCAGGGUGGAAAGUGGCAAAAUAAGCAUGACUUGGUGCACGUUGUUCAUACUUUCCACCCAUUUUCAGCAUUGGCAGUCUCCAAGUACUUUUCGUUUGAAUCGAUGGAGUCUCAAACGACGUACGAAUUUUUGUGGAUUAUUUAUGUCGAAGAUGCAUCGUCGAACUUUGUAUACAGGAACCAAAUGACCAAACGUCCAGAGAAGAGUGGAUUGGAUAUUUUGGUGGUCCAAGCAGACGGUCCAGUGUCGCCAACUGUGGACUUUCGAAGUCCCGAGGCGAUGAGUAUAUUUUCAAACGAUACUUUGAUAUACGGAGAAAUGUCUUUACUGGAAAGCUUUCACCAAGCAGCCCAAACGAGGACCGUCUUGGAAACGACACUCGGCGCCAACGAAGCUGUGAGCAAGACUUUUAUGGCCGAUCUGCAAAAUGAAACUGUCACUCGAUUGCAAAAUAAUGCCGACAAUGAGAAAUCGUGGUACUAUCACUGCUCGCCCGAGUACUACGAGUGGCGGGCGUUCAAUCCAGCAAAUUUGGAGGAAGAAUCUGAAACUGGCUUUUGGAAUUUGGCGACCCCUCCAGAGAAUGAAAAAUGUGUGGAGCGACCUGGAACGACAAGAAUUGCUGGCCCUCAAGCCACCCUUCCGUCGACGUAUGAUGUCUUGUCGUUGGAGCCAUGUUCUCUGGACGAAGAGCGAACAGGUUGCGUGGUGGACGCUGGAAAACAAGAUGGUGCGCGAGCCAUCGUACCAGGAUUGGUGAAGGAUGAGAAUCCUCUCAAGUUGUCGCCAGGCGAUUUGUCAAACUUGGUUUCCAAUCAAAAGGAUAUACGCGCAGAAGUAACCGAAGCUUUCAAUGUGUAUAUGGACAAGCCGCGGGUGAGAGCAAUUCGGGAGAAACUUAAAAAGCACGAAACUGAUACAAUUCCAGAACCUCUUGAAUCAAUCCGCAACCUUGAAUCCAGUAAUGCGCCAGCACCACGUUCAGACUUGUCGGUUACAACAGCUCUCGACACUUGGCAAAACAACAACGAUGUUGUUCACAUUUUGUACAGCCGUUUCAUGCAGCACCAACCAGACCUUUUGGAACUUGGAAAGGCCCGCCUUGAACUCUUCAAGACGUUUUGCCUCCCAACCAUUUCGCACCAGACCAACCAACAAUUCUUGUGGAUCAUUCGGACAGAUCCCGAACUACACCCAGUUCUAAGGGAUGGAUUGCUAGAAUCGGUGCAAGGAAUUGAAAAUAUAGUCGUUGUAGGGUCCAACGAAGUGAGAAAAGGAUCAGUGGACAAUGGAUUUCGAAACAAGAAGGCGAUUGCCGACAUUACACCCGAGUCAAUCUUCUAUGGAAAUCGUGAUCUAGUUCUGUCGUUCCAAGAGGCAACGGUAGGACGAAUUGUAUUGGAGACGAAUCUUGAUGCAGAUGAUGGUCUAGGCCUGACCUUCAUGGAAACAACUCAAUCAAUGGCAAAGACGGCGUUUGAAAAGAUUCCGAGCAAAAAUGGUUGGUUCAACCUUUGUGUUGGCCGCCACUUGGAAUGGCAAUAUUUCGCUCCAUGGGACAAGCACACGGAUAGAGGAUCUUUUGAAUUGGGAAGUACUCAUAUUUGUGUGACUCCAGGUUUGAGCUGGGCAACCCAACCAAAUGCUGUCCCGGGCUUUACAGUGCAGCACCACAUGAUCAAACAGAAUACACCAUCAUGCAAGAAAUCAAAUAAACCCUUUCUUGGCUGUUGGAUUGAGAUCCCGGGUCCAAGACCACAGGAUCCAAUGGCAAUUCGUGCGCGAACACCAACAUCGACAGGAAUGAAUGGGGUGAAGACUUCCCAUGAAGGUGAUUGGGGACCAAAGGCGAAGGCGCUUGACGAUGAAACUUGGCCAUUGCUGGAACCUGACUUGGCAAUACCAGAGGCCUUGGUGAAGUCGUCGCACAAGUACUUGAAGGAUCAUUUGAAUCUUCUUGUCGCAGAGAAUCUGAAAGGACAAUGCACAAAGGACCAUUCCUGCAGUGAAGGAAUAAAAAAGAAAUUGAAAUCUCUGUUCUUUGACAAAGGCAGUUGGAUUAACAAACAUGACUUGGUCCAUGUCUUGCAUAUGGAAGUUCCAGAAAAGCUGAACUUGUCGAAGCUGUUUGUUGGUUGGGAACCAGUCGAGACGCAAACGGUCUACGAAUUUCUCUGGAUUCUUUAUGUUAGUCCAAAUAUUGAUCAGGACUCGAGGAAUGCCUUAAUGAAAAAGCUCAAAAGGAGCCCACUUAACGUCGUUGCUAUGGAGCCAAACCAAGCUCCAACUACCACCUUCCGGGAUGCCGAGACUCUUUCAGGACUGUCGACAAAGAAACUUUUGUUUGGAGACAUGGCAUUGGUCCAAAGCUUCCACGAGGCAUCUCAAAACCGAACACUUUUAGAAACCUCAUUGAGAGCCAACGAGGCCAUUACAAAAACCUUUGUGGGAGAAAUUCAGAAUCGGACUUUUGAUCAAUUGGAUCAAUUCGGCAGCAGUGAUUGGUACUACCAUUGUGUUUCAGAAUAUCUAGAAUGGAGAGGUCCAACACCGCAAGCCGUCGAACCAGCACAUGGUUUUGUAUCCAUUGCAAAGCGUCCAUCUGAACACUGCACACACCGACCAGGUACUACCGUAAUCAUGAUGCCAGACGCCAAGAUACCCGACGGCUGGAAGAAGGAAGACUCGAAACCCUGUGACAAAACUGAAUCCAGAAAUGGAUGCUAUACGCAAUCAGGAGAGCGAAAUGGCGCACGGGCACUUUUGCCUGGCAUUGUGGAUGUUGCCAUUGGGUACGAGGGACAGGGGGCCGAAUUGGAGCAACUGAAACAAGACCAACCCAACUUGCGAGAAGACUUGCACGAAAAUUUUGCUAUCGAACGCUUCCACUUGCGACAAAUGGUAAAAACCUUGAAUGGAGAUAACUAA